AUGGAGCGCUCCAAGAAACCUUCUGCUAUCGGUGUCGGCGCAUCUCUGCCUCAACCCUCCAUCUCCAUCAAUGACAAAACCGUCGAAGCCCGACUGCCCACGGGCGAGUCGGUGACGGUCUAUCUCUACGGCGCUACCGUCACCUCGUGGAAGCUUGCAGAUGGCCAGGAGCAGUUGUUCCUGAGUGAGAAGGCCCACCUGGACGGGUCGAAACCGAUCCGAGGUGGUAUUCCUGUUGUUUUCCCGGUAUGUCUUCGGCCCCCUCCCCCCAACCACCCCACAUCCGCCCUCCCUCAACAUGGUUUCGCACGGAACUCCACCUGGGAGUUUUUGGGCAAGUCGUCCUCCGAAUCCGCCGGCCGGAAAGACGGCGACGACGCCGUGAAGCUGGACUUUGGCCUGUCGCGGGGCAUGCUCAGCGAGGAGUUCCAAAAGGCGUGGCCGUAUGACUUUGGGCUGGUGUACAGCGUGACUCUCACCAAGGAGAGUCUGGGGACGUCGCUACAUGUGCAGAACGAGGGGAGCGAGAAUUUCGACUUUCAGGUGUUGAUGCAUACGUAUCUGAACAUUGAGGACAUCUCCCAAAUCAACCUCCAGAACCUCUCCUCCCAAGAAUACGUCGACAAAACCCUCAACGGCACCGCCCACACCGACUCCUCCCCCACCCUUCCCAUCACCGGCGAAACCGACCGCGUCUACAAGGCCCUCGACCCCGCAGUUCCCAUCGUGGUCGCCUCCGCCGCAGACAACAAGCCCGUCUUCUCCGUGACGCGCGAGGGCCUCUCCGACGUCGUGGUGUGGAACCCUUGGAUCGAAAAGGCCAAGGGCAUGGCGGAUUUCGGGCCGGAUGAGGCAUACAAGAAGAUGAUCUGCGUGGAGGCCGGGUCUGUAUCCGCGUGGCAGACGCUGGAGGCGGGGGAUUCGUGGGAGGGAGGGCAGACUAUUCGGCCGAGACUGUAG